AUGGCAGACAAGCUGGCGCGGUCACUGCACAGCCCGUCAGGCACCCGCACCAGCAAUUCACGCUUUGACCCGGACAACAGUGGACGCCCCACCACCUGGGACUCGUUCGGCAUUUGGGACAGUCGCAUUGAUGAGCCGAUUCUGCUGCCAUCCAGCAUCCGCUACGGCAAACUCAUCCCCAAAGUCAGCUUGUUCAAAGUGGGCUACAUUUCGCAGAUCAGCCAGUGCAAAGAGAACGAGGACCGUUAUCAGGUGUCGCAAAUGACCAAUGACAUCCUUUAUUUCGCGGUGUUCGAUGGCCACAGCAGUGCUCAGGCUGCUGACUUUUGCCAUAAGUACAUGGAGCAGUAUAUUAAAGAGCCCGUGGCAAAAGAGGACAACCGAGAGGUCGUUCUGACAAACGUGUUUCUAAAUGUGGACAAAGCAUUAGCGAAGCACCUUCACUUCAGUGCAGAUGGUAGUGUUGUUGAUGUGUGUUUGUGUUUAUCUACGGCUAUGGUGGCGCUGCUGUGGGACGGCAUCGAACUGGUGGUGGCCAGCAUGGGAGACAGUCAUGCCAUGCUCUGCCGGAAGGGCAAGGCACUUAAACUCACCGUGGACCACACACCUGAGAGGAAGGAUGAGAAAGAGAGGAUCCGUAAGAAUGGAGGUUUCGUGACGUGGAACAGUCUGGGCCAACCUCACGUAAACGGGCGACUGGCCAUGACGCCGAACAUUGGAGACUUUGACCUGAAAAAUGCUGGUGUCAUCGCGGAACCAGAGACCAAGCGGAUUUCAGAUUCAGAUGUUUUAGCCAAGAUUGAGUGCGCAUGUGGUUUUGGGGGCAUGGUUUUGCAGGCAACUUGGGUAGCUCCUGCUACCUUCUGA